UUUCUUUCAGCCCGUACAGCUCCCGAUCGACAGCUCCAGCUCAACUCUCAUUCUUUCUCCGCUGGCUAAAGAUAUCAAAUAAUACAGUAACCUGCGCAUUGUGCUGUCUACCUCUCCAUUUACCCAUCCCAUCCCAUCGCUCAACACAAGCAAAGAGAGCUCGCUGUGGGAGCAAAUUAAGGAGGAGCCAUGGCCCAAGCCAUCGUGGAGAGGGCAUGCGCGAAGCUCAGAUCCGCCAUAGGAGAUGAAGCUGCGGUUGUCUCCAACUUCACCGGUGACCUGCGUGAUAUGUUGGAGAGGCUGCAGGCUAUCCAGUUCCAGCCGCUGCUGGAGGAAGCCGAGAUGCAGCUGUUGUGGGAUCCAGAGGUGGCGGAAUGGCUGCAGUGUGUCUUGAGCGCCGCCUACAAGGCCAUAGACACUGUAGACGAGCUGCACGAGGCGAGAUCACAGGCUGCUACAACGAUGACAAGGAUGUUGCCCCGCCUCGCCAUCAUGAAGAACGCCAUGGCCAUCCAGGUGCAGGAGACGAAAGAACUAGUGAUGCUGGCACAGCGGGGGUUCCCCGAAUCAUCAAACAAAUUGGCACGAGACACCAUGUUCCGGCUAAUUAUUAAGGAUGGAAAAAUUAGACCAGGUUUUGAGGAAGCAAUGGUUCUUGAAAGAGGAUCAGAUAAAGAGAGAACAAUAGCCGCUCUACUAUCUAGUGAGUCCAACAUCAUGCAAGAGCACAUCACCAUUCUUCCCAUCUUUGGGCUUGCAGGCAGCGGCAAGACAACCUUGGCACAAAUGGUGUUUAACGAUAACCACUGCCUCCAAUUGCAAGGCUACGACUUCCGGGUAUGGGUUUAUGUGUCUCCCCAGUUCGACUUCCAUGCAAUAGGCAACUCCAUUAUUUGUCACGUGUUGGAAAGGGGACAAGAAGAGAUCAACCAUGCCUCUUCAGACGUGGAGGGGAUGGAAAGUAUAAUGAAGUGCCUUCAUGAGCUACUCAAUGGUAAGAAGGUGCUCCUUGUUUUGGAUGACUUGUGGGAGGAGGAUCCCAUUCAGUUACAGUUGUUGAAGUCCAUGUUAACUUUCUUGGGAGACAAGAUGCACGUAAUAGUAACCACAUGCAACCAAGCCAUCGCCAGGAAGAUCUGUACCGUUGAGCCUUACAGGCUAAAUCCGCUAAGUGAUGAAACAUGCUGGGAAAUAAUCAAGAAGUCAAUCCGUUUUGAAGCAGGAGAAGAAGAGUUGGAGAAGAUUGGACGACAGAUCGCAAGCAAAUGCUGGGGUGUGCCAUCAAUAGCUCGAGAAUAUGCAUGCAUGCUAGGUUCUUCCCGAGAUGCUAACAAAUGGAAAGAACAUAUUGAACGGGGUUACUAUUCUUAUGUCCUUUCUACUUUCACGCUAAGCUACAUGAAAAUGCCACCAGAUUUGAGGCUAUGCUUUGCUUAUUAUUGUCAAAUCUUCCCAAGGGGGCAGAGUAUAGUCAAAGAUGACCUUGUUCAUCAGUGGAUCGCUCUCCACCCCACUGAGCCAUCUGAAAUAUUGUCUGCGGCACAUAUAGCUGAGGAGCAUAUUACCUGGCUUCAGGACAUGUCAUUCCUUCAAACUGCAGAGUUGGAACAUGCCAGUGGAACGGAGGAUAAGGGUGCAAUCUUGUUCACUAUGCACAAUCUGGUGCAUGACUACGUGACAACGUUUGCGAAACCUGGUAAAAGGUACAGUAGCAAUCUAAGGGCGAUGAGCUAUGUCGGUUGCAGAUAUAUGGAGUUUAGGAGUGACCUAUUUUCACGUAAUAAGGGGCUACGUGUGCUGAAACUAACGGGGAGCUCUGUGCUGAAGCUACCGAACUCCAUCUGGCAACUGAAGCACUUGGGGUAUCUUAAGAUAUCAGAAUUCUCUGGACUAGUAACUUUGCCUGAGUCAUUGGGGGAUCUGAUAAAUCUGAUCCACAUUGACUUAUCAGGCUGCUCCAGGCUACUAAACCUACCAGAGUCGUUUGGAAAGCUCAUCCGUCUAGUGCAUGCCAACCUGUCAGGCUGCUGUGAGCUACUAAACCUUCCUGAGUCAGUCGGCAAGCUUGUCAGUCUGGUGCACAUCGAUUUGUCAGGCUGCUCUGGUCUUGCAACUCUUCCUGAAUCAUUUGGCCAUCCCAUAAACUUGUCCCAUGUCAAUCUGUCACGCUGCCAUGGACUGGCAGAGCUUCCGGAACCGCUCCAGAAGCUCGGCAAACUGGUACACCUGGAUUUAUCAUUCUGGUCUUGUUUUCAAGGGAUUGGGGAACGCCUUGGAAGGCUCAUCCAUCUCGAGCAUUUGAACGUGUCGCACCCUUGCUGUCAUCUUCCUCAACACCGCUCUCAUCUCCACCAAGGGCUAAAGGAUGGUCUGUGCAAGCUCACCAACCUCCGGUAUCUAAACUUGUCAAUGUGCCUGAACCCUAUCUUUUACUACCACCAUUCACAAGAGGACAGUCUACAGUACAUUGCACAGUUUGUCGUCGGUCUUUCCAGUCUAGAGCACUUGGACCUGUCCCAUAACACAUUUCUUUUUGAACUUCCUGCAAGUCUAGGUGACCUGGACAAGCUACACACACUGGAUCUCUCAGGCUGCAUCAGACUGAAGAGAGUUGGUGAAAUGAAGUCUCUCAAAUUUAUAAAUCUGAGGAAGUCUCGGGGACUAGAGAGUUGCCACUUUGUGGUUCGCGUCGUCGAUGAUGACGAUGCAUAUAGGAGCAGCAACAUUGGUCAGCUGGAGGUUGUUGAUUGCCAAGAGCUCCAGAUAAGCUGCCUUGAGAAAGUGAGGUCUAGAGUAGAAGCACAGAGAAUCAAAAUGCCAAAGAAACAAAAUAUUGAAAAGUUGAAACUUUCUUGGACAUUGGACUCUGUCAGAGAAGUGGAGGAGUGUGCUUUGUUGAGGGAAUUAGUGCCACCACCAAAUCUGCAGUGCCUUGAGGUUAAUGGCUACGCCGGCACACGUCUCCCGGAGUACUUGGGUGAGCUCACCUCACUCAAGGAACUCAAGAUCGUCUACUGCAAACAGCUCAACUCGUUGCCAGAUAGCAUACAGAAACUCACCAACCUCAAAGAUCUGUGUAUUUUCGACUCUCCAAAACUUGAGAAAUGGUGUCAGGUUGAGGAGAACAAGAAAAUGCUGGCGCACAUCCCCAACAAAAAUUAUGAGGAACCUGCUAGUACUAGCAGGCAGGAGAUUAUUGAGGAUGAGACAUCGCGCAACGAGGUGGAGGCGGCGUAGGAUGAUGCCACGGCCACGGCGGCGAGGAAUUGUGUUUGCGAUGAUGAACAAAUUUCGUUGCAAAAUGGAAUGCCAUUUGAUCACCAGCUAUUCUUGCUACGUAUGUUCGCCUGCAGACUCUUUUAGGCAGCAAAACAUGACGAUUUGAUUUCAGACAAUUUACUUUUCGCGUUCCUGUACAAUUUAAUCGUUUAAUCUGAGCUCUUGAGCGUACACUAUAUGCUGUGUAAUGCUCAGCCGAAUCCUUAAAUCUCGGUACAUCUGUCGCCCAAUGUAAGUUCAUACUACUACGCGUGUGCUAUUAAAUUCGGUUUGGUAAUAUAAUUUCAGUUCAGAACA